GUGUAGUCAGCACACGCGUCGAGCUUUAAUUUUUCCACGAAAAGCUUUAUAUUAGUGCUUAAAUCUGUGUUUAGCUUCUUGCGUCUAAAAUGCAGUGUAUUUUCCGACGUGUUUAGACGUAUCUGUCGUUUAGACGUGUGACAAGAAGUGAUUCCGGUUCAGUGGGAAGGUUUGAAACUGUUUUCCCCUGGAAAGUGACCAUUGUUGUAAUCAGGCAGAGGCUAUCAUUUCCACUCGCUGGCUUUCUUGGUUUUAUACGGAUUUACAUCAGAAAACAGUGCUAGCUUUUCAGUGUCAUGAAAGAUAUGUCAAGCACCAUGCCUGGUGUACAACAGCCUCAGAAACACUUCGGCCUCACCUCUGCCAUUAGUCUGGCCCCUCCACGAGAAAUAGAUCACCAGUACACCAAGAAGCUCUGUGAUGCUAUGAAGCCAUUUGGAGUCUUUGAAGAUGAAGAAGAAUUGAACCAUAGGCUUGCAGUUCUUGGAAAGCUGAAUAACUUUGUUAAAGAAUGGAUUGCAGAGAUCUCUGAAUUAAAGAAUCUUCCUCCAUCUGCUAUAAGUUGUGUUGGGGGCAAGAUAUUUACAUUUGGUUCAUACCGUCUUGGAGUACACACAAAAGGAGCUGAUAUUGAUGCUUUAUGUGUGGCUCCACGCCAUGUAGAGAGAAGUGACUUUUUCCAGUCUUUUUUUGAGAAAUUGAAACACCAUGAAGAGAUCAAAGACUUGAGAGCUGUUGAGGAUGCUUUUGUACCCGUGAUAAAAUUUAAAUUUGACGGGAUUGAGAUUGAUCUACUUUUUGCCAGACUGGCCUUGCAGUCUAUUCCAGACAACUUGGACCUGAGGGGAGACUCCAUCCUGAGAAACCUUGACAUCCGGUGUAUCCGUAGCCUUAAUGGCUGUCGGGUGACUGAUGAAAUUUUAUACCUGGUGCCAAACAAGGAAAACUUCAGACUAACACUGAGAGCCAUCAAACUGUGGGCCAAACGUCGUGGGAUCUACUCCAACAUGCUGGGUUUUCUGGGUGGAGUAUCGUGGGCCAUGCUAGUGGCCAGGACCUGCCAGCUCUAUCCCAAUGCUGUAGCUGCCACUCUGGUCCACAAGUUUUUCUUGGUUUUUUCCAAAUGGGAAUGGCCAAAUCCUGUGUUAUUGAAACAGCCUGAGGACAGUAAUCUGAAUUUACCUGUGUGGGAUCCUAGGGUGAACCCCUCUGAUCGAUACCACCUGAUGCCCAUCAUAACACCUGCCUAUCCACAGCAGAACUCCACAUAUAAUGUGUCCACAUCAACGCGAACCAUCAUGAGCGAGGAAUUCAAAUAUGGUCUCAGCAUCACAGAUGAAAUUCUUCAGGGAAAAGCAGAGUGGUCCAAACUUUUUGAGCCACCAAACUUUUUCCAAAAGUACAAACAUUACAUUGUUCUGACUGCCAGUGCUUCCACAGAAGAAAACCACUUGGAAUGGAUUGGUCUGGUGGAGUCAAAGAUCCGUGUUUUGGUGGGAAACCUGGAGAGAAAUGAAUACAUUACCCUGGCUCAUGUGAACCCCCAGUCCUUCCCUGGAUCUAAAGAGAACCGCAAUGAGAAUGACUUUGUGUCCAUGUGGUUUAUCGGGAUCAUAUUUAAGAAAGUGGAGAACGCAGAGAGCGUAAACAUCGACUUGACAUAUGAUAUCCAGUCCUUCACAGACACUGUAUACAGACAAGCCAGCAACAUCAACAUGCUGAAGGAUGGCAUGAAGAUUGAAGCAACGCAUGUGAAGAAGAAGCAGCUCUAUCAGUUUCUUCCUCCUGAGCUGGUGCAGAAGAAGAAGAGGAGCAUGGAGUUGAACCGUAGCUCUAAUGGUGGGAGUUCUAAGAGGAUCUCUUUGGACAGCAGUCAUCUGGACAGCUCCAGAGACACAGACUCGGGGACUCCAUUUAGCUCACCGACCAGUAAACCCCCCAAGCCCGUGUCAGAGGCAGUUGACAGCCCUCCUAAGACUCCUUCUGUUGAUGGUUCUGUGGAGUCCAGUGCUGCACCAGCUGCUAAUGAUGAGGGCAUGUCCAUCCCUGUCAUUGGCUCAAAGCCUCAAGUCAAAGCAAGGCCUUCUUCUCCACCAGCCAGCACUUCAGCCAGCACAGUGCCGAGUGGCCCAGCGAAGCCCAGCGGUACUAGCACCCCCAGAGAGGAGUCCAGCAGCAUGGAGGACUCAGCCAGUGCUGCCCCUGCCAAGAGGCCGCACUCACCCACACAAGAAGAACUGAGCAAAAGGCACAAAGAGACACAGGUGGUUCCCACUGAUGAUGCCACAUUCAAGGAGCCAUAUCCACCAACGUCUGACUCCUGUGUGCGUGGAGAUUUAUCAGAAAUUAUUACUUCUCCUGGAUCCAAGGCAAAACCCAUUCCAACCAUAGAUACCUCAAGAACACAGAGGCUUCCCAGUAUGGAGCUGCCAGACGCCUCCUCACCUCUUCCAGCCAGCAACAGCUGUCGUGUUGUGAAAAAUUCCAUCAAACUGGCCCUCAACCGCCACAACAUCACACCUCCAAAGCCGCCAGUGUUUGAGGACUCCCUCGCCACUGAUACUCCUCCUGCCAGCGAAGAAAAGGGCAUGUCCAUUCCGGUCAUUGGCUCAAAACAUAUGGCAUCAAAACACGUGGUCCCCCCAGUUGGCAGCUCCAUCCCAACGUUAGUCAGCCGAGGCAUUGAUUCGCUGAACGGAGCUGCCUCCAAGCGGCCCCACUCCCCCGUUCUGGAGGAGCAGGCCAAGAGGCCGAAAGAAACCGAGAAGGCUAGAAUCCACAUAGCUUGAAGAGACUGCUGUAGACUGGAUUCGCAAAGUCAGAGGUGAAUCGCUGCAAUAAACACAGAGGACAUGACUUCUUCACACAGAGACAGGAGCGUUCAGGUCGCGUAUUCAUGUGUGCAGUAGCAACUGAAGCGUGGCCUCAAAUCUGCAGUGAUUACAGAUUUAUCCGUGGAUAGGUGAAACCAUAUCAGACGCUGUCCGUGCCCUCCGUCAGAGGCCAGUUAACGGAUUCACAAUGGAAAUAUCUGACACGAGAACUAAAGCAGUAAGGUUUUUGUUUUUUACUCCUCCCCCAGUGUUUAAAUGCAGAGGGAAAAUGAUGCGUUUUUCAUUAAGAUAUUUUAAGAAAGCCCAUUUAUCGUCACUUGUUGCGCACAAUUCUCGUGUAAGCUGUUUGCUUUAUUCCUCCAAAAUGAAAUUCUGUACAGUAAACCUUGAUGUACAUAACUUUUUUUGUCUUUAAAAAAAAUGCAAAAGAUUAGUCUUUUGACCAUUCUAUUGUAGUUUUAUCUAAAAAGAAAAGUUUAAAAAAAGUUUUUCUCUACUGCUUGUCCAAAAAAGACCAAAAAAAAAAAAAAAAAAAAAAAGAUAUCCAUCCCUGAAUAUAUUUUGUAAACACUGUACAGGUUUGGAUGCAGUUGUCGGGGGGUUUGCUUCAAUUUUAAAGACAUCACAACCUCUUUGGACCAUGGCGACCCAGGCGGGACUCUAGGUUAGAAAUGGACUUGCAGUGUGUAUUUGCGUUCCGGUUUAGCAGAACCUGUUGCAAUCACCAAGAUGUGGUGGUAAUUCUCAGGUGCCAGUAAAAACCGGAGCUUUUAGAACAGCUUUUCUACAUAUGACGAACAAGCGUGCACAUCUCGCGUAGCUUUUGGAACACCAGCGGGACCGUAAUGAUCGUAUGGAGCUUGUGUCCUUGUUGCAUCUGUCAUUUGACUUAGACCGGCAGGAACGGCUCGCCUGCUUUACCGAUGUCGUUAGAGUAAGACGCUCACCUGCAAACACUUCUUACAGAUUUAGCCCUCAGAUGGAGGAUAAAUGUGACACGCAGAAGAAUCAGUCCGUAAUGAAGUGUUGGAAAGUGUUUUAUUUCUAUGAUUGGCAGAUUGUCAGACAGUAGAAUUAUCCCCGUGUUCAGUCGUCUAAUCUGUCAGGAGAGCUAAAAUGAAAAUAUUUGAGUGCUUUUACUCCUCCCCAUCUGUCGCCGUGGUCUCUUUUUUCUUCUUUCUUUUCUUUGUCUUUCCGUGCAGCUCACUGCUUGUCCAGCUGUCCUGAUCCAGAUGAAGCCAAGUCCUAGUUGUGAGUGUGUCCGUAUCCUUGAAACGUGUGACGUUAUGUGGCUUGUAUGUGGGUAUGCAUGCAUGUCUGGUGGAUUGUUUGUGAGCGUGCAUGCAUCGAUGUUUGUGUUGGAGUGCGAGAGUUCCUUUAGUUUUGGGUGUUAACCCUCUGCACCUCCUGUGGAGGUUCUUAAAAGGCAUCUCCUGGAGUCAGUCAGGAGACCACUUUAUUCCCGCCGUGGGCCUCAAUCCUCUCUUGGCAUGAAGACGGGCAUCUUUGUGGUGGAUUUCGGCGUUUGCGUGUCGCUCACAAGGUGCUCGCUUUCUCCGAACAUGUUGAUGGUCAACAUACUUGUUUUUCCAGCAUCAGUUUCCAAAACUAAAUAAAUGUACAGAGCAGGUUUUUUUUUCUUCCAAAAAUUCAUUUUCUUUAUCACCUGAGGUUUUCUUACCACUUUAUUUAUAUUUGCAUAUUUGUAACGUGACUUUUUUUUUAAUAGCAUUCAUAGCAGGUAGAUCUUUAUUUCAGAAGAAAUCUGCACCAGUGUUCAAGACAAAUUGUUUUGCUGUUUGGAAACCUUUAACAAAACAGAUCAUUUUGAUGUUUGUUUCUAAAAUGUAUUGAAAGGGUAUUUUUGUAUGUGUUUAUCACGUCCUUUAAUGAAUCUGUAUACCCAUUAAACCCUUAAAAACUAUG